CGCCCCCGACAGACCUCACACCCGCACCGCGCGAUCGGCACCCAGAGUCUAGUCCGACCCACACCCUGAGCGAACUUCUCCAAUGUUCCGCAGCCGCAGGGAAGUCAACGUUUGUGAGGCUGCUGGAGAAACACAGCGAUGAGUGGGAGAUCAUCCCCGAACCCAUCGCUAAGUGGUGCAACAUCCAGACAGCCGAGGAUGAGUAUGAGGAACUUUCAACAUCUCAGAAGAGUGGAGGAAACCUACUUCAAAUGCUGUAUGACAAACCCACAAGAUGGGCUUACACAUUUCAGAGUUACGCUUGCUUGAGCAGAGUCAGAGCACAAUUAAAACCCGUCUCAGCCAAGCUACAAGAAGCAGAACAUCCAGUGCAGUUUUUUGAGAGAUCUGUGUACAGUGACAGAUAUGUAUUUGCUUCCAACCUGUUUGAGUCUGGAAACAUUAACGAAACAGAGUGGUCCAUUUACCAGGACUGGCACACGUGGCUUUUGAAUCAGUUUCAAUCAGAUAUAGAACUGGAUGGCAUGAUCUACCUCAGAACCACCCCUCAGAAAUGCAUGGAAAGGCUACAGAUGAGAGGAAGAGAAGAGGAGCAGGGAAUUGAGCUGGAGUAUCUGGAAAACCUCCACUCCAAACACGAAGCCUGGCUUCAUGAGAGGACUGUGGGAGUUGAUUUUGAGAACCUUAAAGAGAUUCCUAUUCUAGUUUUGGAUGUUAAUGAAGACUUUAAGAAUGAUGAGAUUAAACAGGAGUACCUGAUUGAUAAGGUCAAGUCUUUCCUGGCUUAA